AUGGUGUUGAUGGACGAAAGAGAUGGAUACCCUCACAAGCAUGACCGUACUGAUCGUCUAGCAAGGUCAGCAUGUAACAAACAAAGCGUGGACAUAGAGCCAAGAAUAUCUCAUAUUUCCACCUCACACACUGCCAGAACCAAAUGUAAAGAACAUUUAACAGAUCUGACACGCUAUAGACCUGACAAUUCUGCAUCAAGGCUAGGCCAGGCUUGUGUCGUGUGCCAGAGAGCAUACCCGAUUUCCUACCCGAUACCAUACCCGAUACCCUACCCAAUACCAUACCCGAUACCACACCCGAUACCACACCCGAUACCAUACCCGAUACCCUACCCAAUACCAUACCCGAUACCACACCCGAUACCACACCCGAUACCACACCCGAUACCACACCCGAUACCACACCCGAUACCACACCCGAUACCACACCCGAUACCACACCCGAUACCACACCCGAUACCACACCCGAUACCACACCCGAUACCACACCCGAUACCACACCCGAUACCACACCCGAUACCACACCCGAUACCACACCCGAUACCACACCCGAUACCACACCCGAUACCACACCCGAUACCACACCCGAUACCACACCCGAUACCACACCCGAUACCACACCCGAUACCAUUAUCUACUAUACCAGACCCCAAUACCAAAACCCCAAUACCAUUUCCCGAAUACCAUUACCCCAAAACCAUAUCACGAUAA